CAUUUGGAGUAGAGGGGUGAGCUCGCGCCUGACGUGGGAGCGUGCAGGAGCGGGGAGAUAGGGGGUCUCUUCUUCCCGGUGACCAAGUGCCCCCUCCCUGGGGGUGGGGGAGGAGGGUUGUUACUGUUUCCAAAGUGGUCCUAUCCGGCCCAACCCCGCCCCCCAUGUGGAGCUCGGGCCCGCGGUGCCCGGUGCGGGAGCAGCGGGCCCGCUGGGAGAGGAAGCGAGGCCGCACGGCGCUGGAGCUGCUGGAGACGGAGCAGCGCUACGAGAAGCAGCUGGGGCUGGUGGCUCAGUACUUUUUGUGCAUUUUGAGAGCUAAAGGGACCCUGCGACCAGCUGAGCUUCAGGCUGUGUUUGGCCCCUGGGAAUCCAUCCAUGCUGCCAGCCAAAAGCUGCUUCUGCAUCUGGAGGCUGGAAAUUGGGGGGCAGGCCUAGAGAGAUUCUGUCACCACCUGGAGCUCUACACUUGCUUUGCUGCCAACGAGGAGCAAUCUAGGGCCACUCUCCAGAAGUGGCUAAGGAAGAAGCAUUUCAGAAAGUUUGUACAGCUUCAGGAGGGGCGUCCUGAGUUUGGGGGCCUUCGGCUACUGGAUCUGCUUCCCUUACCACUGAAACGUCUCCAACAAUAUGAAAACCUGGUUGUAGCUUUGGCUGAAAAUACAGGUCCUGACAGUUCUGACUAUCAACAGCUCACAAGGGCUGCUGAGAAGUUGAGUGAGGUCACCCAGCAGGUUAGUGCUAUUGGUCGAGAACAUGAGAAUGGCCGGCAGCUCCAUCGUAUUCAGACUUUACUCAGUGGCCAUCGGGCUAAAGGUCUGACCAAAGGGCGCUGGUUCCUUCGGCAGGGCUGGCUACUAGUGGUCCCUCCUAAGGGGGAGCCAAAGUCUCGAAUGUUCUUCCUCUUCUCUGAUGCGCUUUUGAUGGCCAAGCCCCGGUCUGUCCUACAUAUCCUGCAUGGAGGGACCUUUGUUUGUCAGGCCCUUUAUCCCAUGGCCCAAUGUCAGCUCCAGAGGAUCUUUGGUCACUCGGGGGCAACAGGGGGUGGCCUACUCAGUCUUUCUUUUCCCCAUGAAAAGUUGCUGCUCAUGUCUACGGACCAAGAGGCACUAUCCCAUUGGUACCACAGUCUGACCAUAGCCAUCAGGUAUGCCUUGAAUCUCCCCUGGUUCUAAGGAUUGAUUUCGUGAUGUGCAGCUACUGUCUUUCCCCUCACCAUUUAUGUACUCUACCUUUCUCAGGCUCCCAGUGUUUUCAUUCAAACUGGGGAUAUGGCUCACUUAGUAUUCUUUCUCUACAGCAGCCACACUAGGUAGAAGAGCACCUUACAGCUGUUUCCAGUUAGAUAUGGGAAGUCUGACUGCUUUGAAGCUUCAGCAUCACUAGAAUGUGUGGCUGGCCACUAUCUUGUGGUAAAGAAUAUGGUGACGUGUGUAUGAUAUGUAUAUUUAUAUUUGAUUGAGCACAUUUAUGUUUGAGCACAAAUGUUUUGGAUGAUCAAGUUGUAUACUUAAAUGGAAUAAAUUUUAUUUUUAAUAAAA